CCAGCGGUUUGGUUUCCCGUGUCCCCGGGGUCGGGGGCUGAGGCGGGUUUGCUGAGGUUUGAAGCGCCCUGAGCCUGAUGUGGGCCUGGGAGCGGCCCUGACCAGCGGCGGGACUGCGCCCUUACCAGCGCUGUGACAGAUGGCGCUGCCCGCUGCCUGACAGCUGUGAAACCGGGAUCUGUCAGUGGACAGACCUGGAUGUAGUGGCCAUGGAGCGACUUCAGGCAGCCCCAACCCUGCAGGAUCGACGUGAUGUACUGGCUGAAGUCCUGCCGGGUCCCCCUGUCCUUCUGGAUGCCUAUGAGGCAGCUGUGGAACUGGGCCAGGAGUUAGGGCUGUCCCCAGGGCCACUCUCGGCCCUGUUGGCCAUUGUGCGUCGUGCUAUCUCCAUGUGUGCCCAGACACCCCUGCCUGAUGUGGAGGAGUGUUAUGCCUAUGUCAGUGAGCUGCUGCUGCGCCAUGCUGUGCACACUCCUGACACCCUCCCCUUCUCUCCCACACCCACUACAUGCUUCCCAGCCACUGACUUUCUCUUGCCUGCUGCUGCCACGGUGCCAUCGCUGCAGCAUCCUCCAGUCAGUGUGGCUGUAUUUGGGCUGACCCAGGUUGCCUGCAUCGCAGCUCACCUCUUUGGAACUGUCCUUCGGCACGCCAAGCUUUAUGCCUAUGUCCUUACACCUCAGGUUUGCCUUGAUUUGACCCUGGUUUAUGUGGAUAGUCCUGAGCAUGGCCCAGAGGGAGAGGUGCCUACCACUCUCCCCGAGGAAGAAGGAGAGACUUCUGGGAAUCCCAACACAGAGCCUCCUUUCCAGGAAGCAGCAGUACCUGAGCUAGUGCAGGUUCCCGCAGAGGUGUAUUUGAGUAAAGAGGAUGUCUCUGGGUCCCUCCGGGCCUCUCCUAGGAGCAAGAAACACCUUAGAAGAUCUCAGGGAUCCCGCCAAGGAAAUAAAAGACAUUAGGCUAUGCCAGUAUCUCUGUAGUA